AUGACUGCUAUUGAACAGCAGGAAGUUCAUUUUACGAAGCUAAGCUUAGAAGAAAGAUGGGUGUUGAGGGAAGCAAGAAUCGCGCAGCCGGUGUUACUUGGUCAGCUGCUCCGCCACCUGGGCGGCGUGCAGGGCUACGAGGAAGUGUGGAAGGGCUGGGCGUUCGGAACAGGUAUCAUCCUCUGCUCGCUCCUCUACCUCUUCACUUUUUACUACCACAGUUUUAACGUCCGCAAUAUUGGCAUGAAGAUGAGGAUUGCCAGUUGUGGUCUCAUCUACAGAAAAUCGUUGCGACUGAGCCAGUCCGCCCUUGCCAACUCAACUGUAGGAAAAAUAGUGAACCUCCUUUCCAACGACGUGCAAAGAUUCGAUACAGCUCUCAUUUUUUUCGAUUAUUUAUGGAUUGCUCCAUUGCAGCAACAUUCAACUUUGCACGAGCAAAGAUGCUUCAUGGGAAAGUACAUGACUACCUUAGGCUACAUGGGGCGUGUCUUUGCGCGACUGCGUCAAAUGAUUGCGCAGCACACGGACGACCGCGUGAGCAUCCAGAACGUGAUCAUCAACGCCAUCAAGGUCAUCAAAAUGUUUGCUUGGGAGCAUCGCUUCAUCUCACUCGUUUCUGAGGCUAGGAAAAAAGAAAUCGGAGUUAUCCGUAGCAGCAAUCUCCUGAAAGCUGUCAACGAGGCCCUGUUCUUCAGCUCUGCUAAGCUGGCGAUCUGUUUGACAGUCAUAACCUACGUGCUCACUGGGAGCUUAGUCACCGCUGAAAAAGAUUUCUUCGCUCAGGCCGAAAUUCAGACUUCCCAAAAAAACUUAUCAGAAAACUUCCCACGAAUGAGUAAUAAGCAUGGUGCUGAGAUCCGCGGCCUAACAGCCUUGUGGAACGGAGGAAACAGGCCGACGCUCUGUGAUAUUACUGCGACGGUGUACGCCGGGGAGCUACUGGUGAUCGUUGGGCCCGUUGGCUCUGGCAAGAGUUCCCUCUUGCACUCAUUGCUGGGAGAGCUGACGGAGCUGCAUGGCAGCGUUGACGUCUCCGGCAAGAUCGCUUAUGCCGCUCAAGAACCCUGGCUUUUCUCUGACUCCGUCAGGCAAAAUAUCCUUUUUGGGGAAAAAUACAAUCCUCAAAAAUACGCUGAAAUCUUACGAGUUUGCGGCCUAGAUGCAGAUCUCAAGCAGCUGGCCGAUGGCGACCUAACAUUCGUUGGAGAGCGCGGCACAACACUCAGCGGUGGUCAGAAAGCGCGCAUCAGCUUAGCACGAGCGCUGUACCAGGAUGGCGAUGUUGUGUUGCUGGACGAUCCGUUGAGCGCGGUAGACGCGGCUGUGGGCAAGCAGCUGUUCGACCUCUGCAUCCGCGGAUACCUGCGUCGUAAAGCUGUCAUCCUCGUCACCCACCAGCUGCAGUACAUCAGCGCCGCCCACAACAUCCUCGUGCUGCAGUACAUCAGCGCCGCCCACAACAUCCUCGUGCUGCUCGAGGGAAAAUGUGCGUUUUUUGGUACAUACAAACAACUGAGGAACAGUAACAUCGGGAUCGAGAUGAUGCUCGACGCUGACGAUCAAUCGACGCCGCUAAGUCACGCACCUUCUACAGUGUCAUCAUUUCUUCCACCUGUCAAUUGCUUGAAGAAAGGCCUGUCGAAUGCUUCUCAGUAUGGCAGCGUGACGAGUCCUGGCAGCACAGACAAAACCAAGUGGAAUGUUUCUCGUAAAGGCUCUCGGAAGUUUUCGGAAAGUUACCAGGGACGACGCCAAAGUUUUGUUGAAGCGCUGCGCGUCAUUCCGCGACCGGAGGAGCAGCGUGCGGGAGGCUCCGUCUCGUCUGCUGUGUACCUGCAAUACUUCCUCAGAGGAGGAUCCUGGGCAUGCAUCCUGCUACUUAUCUCAUUAAACAUCGUCACUCAAUUGGCGUUCUCUGGAUCAGACUUUUGGCUCGCGCUAUGGACCAACAAAAUUCAAGAGGAAACGAGCCGGGACAAAAUGAAGGUCCUGAACGUGGCGAACGAAACAGGAGAAAGUUUAGAAAAUGUCGACACGUUUACGUCAAUGAAUUUUGUAAACAUAUACGGCGCACUUGUGGGUGGCGUGCUCAUUCUGUCUCUGGGACGGACAGUGUUAUUCUUCAUGAUGUGCUGUGUGUCGUCACGACGCCUACAUGACAACAUGUUUCAAGCGGUCAUGCGCGCGCCCAUGAGAUACUUCGAUACUCAUCCUAUUGGCGAGGUGCUGAACUGCUUCUCCAAGGACAUGGGGCAAAUUGACGACCUGCUGCCAAUGUGCUUGUGGGAUUUUUUGACAAUCUCAUUGAACACGGUGGGAAUUAUUGCGAUGAUUGCGUUCAUCAACCCCUACAUGCUCAUCCCAACCGUCGUAUUAAGUGUCGUCCUCAGCUUCUUGCGACUCCUUUAUUUACGCUCCGCACGGGACAUCAAGAGACUUGAAGCAAUUACGCGCAGCCCAGUGUUCACACACCUGGGCACAUCACUGGAUGGCUUGACCACAAUCAGGGCCUCCCGCACCCAGCGCUCCUUCAUCAAAGGCUUCGAUGACAUUCAGGAUUUACACACGUCUUCGUGGUCAACGAGUGCAGCGACGACGCAAUGGUACGGACUGGCGCUUGAUGGCCUCUCGUCCUUCUUCGUCGCUUGCGUCAUCAUCACAUGUCUCGCUGAUCAAAGCCACCGCAGUGGUGAUGUUGGACUGGCCAUCUACUGCGCACUGAUGCUCACCAACACCCUUCAGUGGGGCGUUCGGCAGUCAGCCGAGGUGGAGAACCAAAUGACCUCUGUGGAGCGGGUAAUGGCGCUUAGUGAACUGCAGCCAGAGGCCUCACUGAUCAUGGAUGAAGACCAAAACAUACAGCCAGGGUGGCCAAGCACUGGAGAGAUUGAGUUCAGGAACGUGAGCCUUCGCUACGAGGAGCAGCAGCCGCUGGUGCUGAAGAACGUCUCAUUCCAUAUAACUCAAGGGGAAAAAAUCGGCAUCGUGGGCCGUACAGGGGCGGGUAAGUCAUCGCUCAUGUCGUGCUUGUUGCGCUUGACGGAACCCACCGGACAGAUCAACAUCGACGGCGUGGACAUCGGCAAGCUCGGACUGCACACUCUCCGCAAGAACAUUUCCAUCAUCCCUCAAGACCCAGUUCUAUUCAAUGGCUCUCUUCGUAUGAACUUGGACCCGUUCAACAAGCAUGCAGAUGAGCAACUGUGGAAUGCACUUCACGAUGUGCAAAUGAAGGAGGCGGUGCGGGCGAGCCCCGACGGCCUGGAUCACACUGUGGAGGAGGGCGGCAGCAACCUGAGUGCGGGGCAGCGGCAGCUCGUGUGUCUGGCUAGAGCCAUCCUCUCGCACAACCGCAUCCUGCUCAUCGAUGAGGCAACCGCCAACGUAGAUUCCAUGGCCGACGAGCUGAUUCAGCGUACAAUCCGCGAGAAGUUUGAGCAAUGCACGGUGCUGACAGUGGCCCACAGACUCCACACUGUCAUGGACAGCACAAGAGUGAUGGUGCUUAGUGACGGAGAAGUCAAGGAGCUGGACGCCCCGCACUCGCUGCUGCAGGACCGCGCCUCGCUCUUCUCGCGCCUCGUGUGCCAGGCCGACGACGCCACCGCGGAGCGCUUGCACAACAUCGCAAGAGAGGCGUACAACAAACGCAAUAUUUUCACUACGCAUUUCUGA